GUUUUGGCUCGCUCAGCUUCUUCAUUGAAAAUCCGAAGUGAAGAGAACUUCACUCUCUCUUCAAACUGGAACUGAAGAAAAUUCAACAUUUUUAUUUUCAAUGCAAAUUCUAGCGUCACUCCCUGGCCUCAAUCUCUUCUCUUCCCUUCCUUCAAACCCACGCCAAAACGACACCGCUUCAUCCACUCCUUCUCCCUCCCCUCCGAUCCCCAUCCCCAAAUAUCCUCCUCCCCGUCCCCGAAAUCCCCCUUCCAACCCCGCCCUCUCCUUCCCUCACCGACGCACCAACUACAGGAAACCCGUCAAGAAGGGAGUCAUCCAAUCCGACGGUGACCGAUGCGUUAUCGUUGGCGAAAACGGCGUCUCCUACAAGCUUCCCGGCGCUCCUUUCGAGUUCCAGUACAGUUACUCCGAGACCCCCAAUGCCGAGCCCAUAGCUAUCAGGGAGCCGGCUCAUUUCCCUUUCGCGCCGCCGACGAUGCCGCGGCCUUGGACUGGGAAGGCUCCGUUGAAGAAAUCAAAGAAGAAGAUCCCGCUUUUCGAUUCGUUUAACCCUCCUCCCCCUGAUAAAAAGGGCGUGAAAUUCGUGGAAAUGCCCGGGCCGUUCCCAUUCGGGAAGUAUCCCAAGGAAGGGAGAACGAGAGAGGAGAUAUUAGGGGAACCGUUGAAGAAAUGGGAGAUUAAGAUGCUGGUUAAACCUAUGUUAGCAGAUAACCGUCAGGUUAAUCUCGGGAGGGAUGGAUUGACGCAUAACAUGCUGGAUUUGAUACACACGCAUUGGAAACGGCGUCGUGUUUGCAAAAUUAAGUGCAAAGGAGUUCCCACCGUCGACAUGGAUAACGUUUGUCGUCAUAUUGAAGAAAAAACUGGGGGGAAAAUCAUUCACCGAGUCGGUGGUGUUGUUUAUCUUUUCCGGGGACGAAACUACAACUAUCGUACUCGUCCACAGUACCCAGUGAUGCUUUGGAAACCAGCUACUCCAGUCUAUCCAAAACUUAUCCAAGAAGCUCCAGAAGGAUUGACAAAAGCUGAAGCGGAUCAGUUUCGGAAGAAAGGGAAAUCACUUUUGCCCAUAUGUAAAUUAGCAAAAAAUGGUGUGUAUGCUUCCCUAGUGAAAGAUGUUAGAGAUGCUUUUGAAGGAAGCCCAUUGGUAAAGAUCGACUGCAAAGGGAUGCAUGCAAGUGACUACAAGAAGAUAGGUGCUAAACUCAAGGAAUUGGUUCCUUGCAUUUUGUUAUCUUUUGAUGAUGAACAAAUUUUGAUGUGGAGGGGACGAGAGUGGAAAUCCAUGUAUGGGGACACUUCAACUUUACUUCCUGCUAAAGCUGACAUUUCAGGUGGUAUAGAUAAUUCAGCCAAGUCUAACGAUGAUAGUGGUACACCGGAUGCCAAAACGGUUGUAUCUAGUCCAAAAAUGAUGUCCCUCUGGAAGCGUGCAAUUGAGUCAAGCAAGGCAUUGUUGUUGGAAGAGAUUGCUCUGGGCCCAGAUGCUCUUCUGGAAAAGGUGGAGGAAUUUGAAGGGUUGUCACUGGCCACAGAGCAUUCCUGUGAAGCAUUAGUCUUGUCCGGUGAAGAUGGUUCUUCUGGAAGUUCCUCGGCAGAGUUUGAAGGUGGUUCUUACGGUGAGGAUUUUGGUGAUGAAAAUGAUCUUUUCAGCAAUGAUGACAUUGUUGAAGAUGAAUAUUAUAAUGACGAAUCAUUUGAAGAGGUUGAAGAGGUCGAUUCACUGAUACCGCUAGGGUCAUUACCUGUUGACAAGAUUGCAGAAAGGCUCGGAAGGGAAUCGAAAAUGAAGUCGAAAAGGACAGAUCAUUAGCCAAGGUCACUAGGUCAGUCUGCUGAUCUGCAAUUUAUGUAGUUAUCUUGUAUCUACUGAUAUUAUUUUCACCAUUACAAGCUGAUUAUACAUGUCUCUAAAAGGCAAGCUGCAUCUCCUAUUGCAUAGCUGUAGAUUAAAUGUAUAUCCCAUUUGAGGACUUCAAUUUCUCAUAAAUAAAAAAUUUACUGUUUGAAGCAUAAUAUAUAUUAAAUACUGCUAAUUAUUUUA